AUGCCGGUAGCCAGAAUGAAUGUGAAAUGGGGAAAAGAGAAAUUCGAUGGCGUGGAGCUUAACACUGACGAACCUCCAAUGGUCUUCAAAGCCCAGUUGUUUGCGCUGACUGGUGUCCAGCCAGCCAGACAGAAGGUUAUGGUCAAAGGAGGAACUCUGAAGGACGAUGACUGGGGGAACCUAAAAAUAAAGAAUGGGAUGACCUUAUUAAUGAUGGGCUCCGCAGAUGCGCUUCCGGAAGAGCCAGUUUCUCGACCCGUCUUUGUGGAAGACAUGACAGAGGAGCAAUUGGCUUCAGCUAUGGAAUUACCAUGUGGAUUGACAAACCUUGGCAACACUUGCUACAUGAACGCGACGGUUCAGUGUAUCCGCUCGGUGCCAGAAGUGAAAGAGGCCCUUAAAAGGUAUGGUGGUGCCUUAAGAGCUUCGGGAGAAAUGGCCUCUGCUCAGUACAUUACUGCAGCUCUUAGAGACUUGUUUGAUUCCAUGGAUAAAACUUCCUCCAGUAUCCCACCUAUCAUUCUCCUGCAGUUUUUACAUAUGGCCUUCCCACAGUUUGCAGAGAAAGGUGACCAAGGCCAGUACCUUCAACAGGAUGCCAAUGAGUGCUGGGUGCAGAUGAUGAGGGUGCUGCAGCAGAAGCUGGAAGGCAUAGAAGGUGAUACCGUUAUGGAGACAGACUCUGGAGCUACGGCGGCAUCUUCUAAAAAGAAGAGUUUAAUCGAUCAGUUCUUCAGCAUUGAGUUUGAAACAGCGUAUCCUAAAGACGAAGGCGAGGCAUCACCAAGA